AUGAACAAGGCUAAGGAGGAGAAGAAGCUACAGUUGGAGAAGGAGCGUGCUGCAAGGGAAAAGGAGGAUAAAAGACGCGAGGAACGCCGGGACGACCGCACUAGCCGCGAUAGAGAACGCGAAAGGGACAGGGAUCGCAAAGAACGUGACGGAAGAAGAGAUCGUAGCAGAGACAAAAGGAGUUCUCGUCGUUCUCGAAGUCGCGAUCGCGACAGGGACCGCCGCGACGAUCGUCGAAGUGAGCGUCGAGAUAGAAGUCGGUCUAGGGACCGCAGGGUGAGUGUAUGCUAUACUUUACGCUUCCAUAAACAUUCAUGA